AGACAAACGACACCGCUAAUCGGCUUUUAAACCCCCACCUCUGCGUUUCUAAGAUCACAAUCUCUUUCUCUCUCUAACACACUCACACAUCCGAAGAACAAGAGAUUUCACCAGAGAGACUCAAGCCUGCCGAAAAAAAAGAAAAAAGAAAACUAAAGACAAACAAGCCUCCACCAACUUUAUCUUUUACUCCCAAUCUCCUCCAAGGAAAGCUCUAAUGGAUGCCAAUCACCAAACCCUAUUAAACCAAGAUUCCACCACAGAAGAACAGGUCCAACAAGAACAGCAAUUCGCCAUUGUUCCUUCUCAAUUCGCUUCAUCCCCAUUUGCUACUGCCUCUCUUUCUCUAUCUCUCUCAACAAUUCUCCCUACCCACUUUUUCAAUCAGCCAAAGAUUGCAGCUUUAUUUUCUCAUUCACCAAAUAAGGCCAAAAUCCCUACUCAAGCAUCUUCUCUCUCUCACCUCUCUUUAUCCUCCUCUACUCUUUCUCAUCCAAAACUCUCUUUCAAGUCCACCAUUUCUGCUAACCCUUUACAGAAUACUCUCUCUCUAGGCCCACGCCGCCCCUCUGACCCCUCCAAUGCUGCCGGAAUUCGUCGAGCUUCCAUCGUUUGGUUCCGUAAUGACUUGCGUGUUCAUGACAAUGAGUGUCUUAACUCUGCUAAUGAUGAGUCCAUGUCUGUUUUGCCUGUUUAUUGCUUUGACCCGAGAGAGUACGGCAAAUCCUCUUCUGGGUUCGACAAAACUGGGCCUUAUCGUGCCACUUUCUUAAUUGAAUCGGUUGCUGACCUCCGCAAGAACCUGCAGGCUAAGGGGUCUGAUCUUGUGGUCAGAGUUGGGAAGCCAGAAACUGUUUUGGUUGAGUUAGCAAAGGCCAUUGGAGCUGAUGCUGUUUAUGCGCAUAGAGAGGUGUCUCAUGACGAGGUUAAGGCUGAGGAGAAGAUUGAGGCAGCCAUAAAAGAUGAGGGAGUUGAGGUUAAGUACUUCUGGGGAAGUACCUUGUAUCAUGUGGAUGAUUUGCCAUUCAAGUUGGAGGAUAUGCCGUCUAAUUAUGGUGGAUUUAGAGAGAAAGUGCAGGGAUUGGAGGUUAGGAAGACCAUUGCUGCAUUGGAUCAAUUGAAGGGAAUACCAUCAAGAGGAGAUGUCGAGCCUGGGGAAAUCCCAUCUUUGUUGGAUUUGGGUCUUAACCCAAGCCAGGAUGGAAAGCCAGCUGCUAAUGCUUCUAUGAUAGGAGGGGAGACUGAAGCAUUGCAGAAGCUUCAAAAAUUCGCAGCAGAGUGCCAGGCACAACCACCCAAAGGAGGAAGCCAUGACAGCAUGUACGGUGCGAACUUCUCCUGCAAAAUUUCUCCAUGGCUAACCAUGGGAUGCAUCUCUCCCCGUUCAAUGUUUGAUGAGCUAAAGAAAACUGCUACCAGAACUAUUUCUGCUGCCUCAAACCGUAACGACGGUGGUAGCUCCCCGGACACCGGAAUGAACUGGUUGAUGUUUGAGUUAUUGUGGAGGGAUUUCUUUAGAUUCAUCACUAAGAAAUACAGUUCUCCAAAGAAACAGCUUGAAGCCACUCCAGCCACAGCUUGUACGGGUGCUUUUGCCUAGGCAAGCGUUUAUUUUGUUGGUCAAAGCAAAGUUUGUCCUCCUAUACAUGGAUUAUGAUCUUUACUUCUUUAGUAAUCAGUCUCAUCAAUGUAGCAAUUUUUAGAUGUUGUAUUAGUGUUGAUAAAAGGGAGUUAUCCUCUGUCAAACUUUUGUUUCUCCCUUUCGAAUAAAUUGAUUAAAUUAAAUUUGGGAAUUGUGUUAUUUUUAGAAAGGCCUACUAUUUUCAGAUUUUGGAUCCUCUUGUGAAUAACAGACCCCCCAGUUCUGCUUUUUAA